GAAAGAAAAUUCGACAAAGUUCGUUUGCCGGGAACGUAUCAUAGUAAUAAAGCGAAACUGCCAAACGCCAUUUCAAUUUUCAAUCACAACUCACAAACUCUCUCGUUUUCUCACUCCAGAAAUUGCGACUACAUGCUGUCCGAAUCAAUCGCCAUUUCGAUUCUCUGGGAAAAUUAAUCAAUCUUACAGCAGCUUCCUCAAUCAUGUUGCGAUCACUUUGGCGCCCCUUUGAUCGCUUCUCUCUCCAGCACUUCCGGUAUAUCAUCAAUGAAUUGCAGGGGGUCGAAGUUGUUGAUACAUCCAACAGGGAAAGAAUUGUGGACAUUUUACAAUCUAUUGUAGAGAUAGUUACAUAUGGUGACAGGCAUGACCCAUCAAUCUUUGAAUGUUUCAUGGAACAUCAAGUUUUGGCUGAGUUUGUCCGCAUGCUCAAGGUCAGUAGGGAUACCAGGAUUGCGGCAAAAGUGCUUCAGUACUUUAGCAUAAUGAUACAGAAUCUAUGCCGUGAACAUGCAAUUUACUAUUGCUUUAGCAAUGGGCACAUCAACAGCAUCAUCACACAUGAGUACGAGUUCCAUGUCAGUGAUAUAGCUUUGUACUAUGUGUCAUUUAUAAGGGCAGUGGGCGGGAAGCUGAACAAAGACACCAUUUGUCUUCUUCUAAAAGUCCAAGAGGGUACUGUUACAUCAUUUUCUCUCUAUACCGAGGCACUUAGGUUUGCACAGCACGGCGAUAAGAUGAUUCAAGCAUCCAUACGUUCUCUCACUUUAAGCAUAUAUAACGUUAGCGAUGAUAUGAUCUGUCAAUUCCUGAUGACACCUCCUGAAUCUGAGUACUUCUCUGACUUGAUUCUUAAGUUAAGAGAGGAAUGUGUCCAUCUAGACGCCACUGUCUGUAGCAUGAGGAAAAAUUACUCCUCUGAUAAGAGGACAGAGUUGAUGUCUGGAAUCGAUAAACUCUUGGACGAUCUUUACUACAUUAAGGAUUUACUUUGUCUUGGUAAAUCUCAUUUGAACACCGUGGUCUUUCACAAGCUUCUAGGUUUGCUGGUGGUGCCUAUAAUGAUACCUUUGAUGCAGUUGGGGAAAAGUACUGGUGUCAAGAUAUCUUCCGUCACUUCUUUGUAUCUGCUUUCUCGUCUUCUUCAAGUGGUUGAUAAGAAAGAGAUGUUGGACUCUGUGGCCAGUCUAAUUCUGUAUCCUCAUGUGGCAUCGUGUCCUGUAUUUGAUACCGAAGGCUAUGCUACUGAUAGAAGUCAAGUCAAGACAACUUCUGAUCAGCUUAACGAUAUUGAGCAAAUUCUAAACUCCAGUUUUGAGUCUCACGACAAUGGUGAAGCAUUCGGCGAUAUCUUGGAGCCCAAGUUAUCAGCUCACCAUUUGCUAAGUUUUCAAUGGGACAGAGUGCAGGAGAGGGUUGGAAUACUCUCCUAUAUUUUCUCUGACAACCAAGGCUUGCUAUUUGCAUCUCUGAUGUUGUUGUUAAUAUUGGCAGAAAGCAAUGAUCUGGACAACUUGUUGGCUUCAGUUUUUGGAUUCCAUCAGAAAACAGCUGAGACAGAUGAUUCUGUAGAUUCGAAGCUAUUUGACGGAAUUAUAUUCCUUAAAUGCAUUCCUCAGAUUCUGAAUGCCUUGCUGAACAUUGUAGGAAGCUACACGCCAUCUUCAACGCUUAACCAGUGGCAUGCUGCAUGGUUUUUACUGAAGGUUAUUGAUUUACAAAGAUCUAGACUUGGUCAUCAUGAGUUACACCUUUUCAACGUCAAUAUUCGGUUGAAUGCUUCAUUUCAUAAAGCUCGUGAACACCUUUUAGAUGAAGUUAGUGGAUGUUGGUUUGAUUACAUUGUGGACACAUUUGAGAAAGAAUGGAUCAGCUGCAAAAAAGCUCUAGAGGAGUCAUCCAGAAACAAGGAUCUCUUUUUCUUGUUACAGAUUGCUUUCCACAAACCAUCUUCGGACGGAAAUAAUAUUGAUGCUUGGCAAAGGAUGGUCGAUGCAGUCAAGAUUUUUGUACUUCAUCUUCAGCUGAAGGCAUAUGUACUUGAUGGAUGUAUCCCGAAUAAUUCCCCAAUAAACUCGAGAACCACUUCUUUACCCAAUCCUGGAAGUAUCCUUGCUUUAGAUCUUUCAAUUGUCAACUUUGGGUCAGAGGUGACAUUAGGCUCUGGAAUUCCGUGCAAAAUUUCAUUUUCCAAAGUGGGAGUAAGGGAUAUAUACAUGAUACCUGUGGCAAAGGGGCUUUGCGGAAAAUUACUCCUCGUGGAGAAACAUCCUUUCCGUUCACAAACUGGAACUGUGCUGGCAAUAGCUCGUUUAGCCGGAUUGACACAGCCGAAUAUAGAUGAAAAUGGAACAUGGUUGCAUCUUUGUAUUAGGGAAUUCAAUCCCAAGUUCUUGGAUAAAAGAAGCGAUUUGAACUUGCCCAAUCAUGAGACAGAUGCAAGAUGGACUCUUGGUUUUUCUGAUGCAGAGGCAUGCGAAGCAGCUUUUUCGCUGAUAGCUGAACAAACUUGCAACCAGAGAUCCUUCACUGAAAGUUUACUUGCUCCUUCCCUUUAUGGAAAUCUUCUUGGUGGAGGAGAAGAUAUUCAGAGUUCUUAGCAAAGGAGGAUCAGAUCUGUCAGUCUUCUUGAUUUGGAGCUAGGGGAGCUUGGUACUUCGCUUGGGAUUGACAAUCCGCUUCUUCUUUCUGAUCAUCUUAUUUUGUGGAUGUGUAUGACUGGUUCUUUUGGCGUCUUUGCAAUUCCGUCUGUAAGACUGUAAGCACCUCAAAAGCACCAUAUCAGACUUUUUUUUAUACACCUUAAAGAAGAUGAAGGCUUUUUGUUUGGACCACUUCUUCGGAUAAGUCAAUGCUGUGGACAAUUCAAUAUUCCAGGGACUUUUAAGGCCAUUCGUCUUAGUUUGUUUGUUACAACCCUUGAGCCUUGCGGUGGUUGCAUUAAGGUUGCUUUGCGUGAGUUUUUGGUGGAGAGGAUUUUUUUUCAUCUGUCUGUCUAUAACCGCUCCAAUGGCCUGCUGAUUAGAUGUGUUUUGUGCAUGGAAAGGUUUUAACUUCUCUGGAAGUAUGGGUUUUUGAAUACUGUGGGUGAUCUUGACUGAAAGCGAUGCUCGUAUGUGUAGAAUGAAGCUACGGGCUAGUACUCAAUUUGGAUGCAGGUAUAUUCUGGCAUUAAUGUAGUUGCCUGCGAGGUGCUUUCUACAGGCUUUAUUUUUCCUGCAGGUUCAACUUCAUCUGUACUUUUGUUUUCAUUUUGUUUAGAGGACUCCUCAUCUCCUCUCGGAUUUUCUUCAGAGGUCAGCAAGGCAAUGGUACAGAAAUUGGCGAUUUUAUUAAAUCUAGAAGGUGAAAUUUUUUCCGGACUGGGAUACAAACAAACUAUUGAAACUAGUUCGUACUUUGUAGUGAAGGAGCAGCCGAAUUUACUCAAAGAAACUGGGAUAUAGACUUGUAGUGUUUACGAUCUGAAAUUGGGGACACAAAUAUACAUGUAUUGAGGAAUGACAUGAUAAUCGACCAGUUGAGAUUUUUCAUGGCAACUUGUGAUUGGGAAAUUAGAGUUUCAGGAGAGAUGACCAGCUUAGUUAGAGAUGAUGGGAAAACUCGACAGCGUAAGCUUUGACUUCAUUCUUCUAGGUAAUGGUACGGGAGUCCAUGGAAUUAAAUCAAGUUUAUGGAGGGAAGAUGAAGAUGUGGUAAUACCCUCAAGAUUUGUGAAGCAAAUGAGGUGCAUAUUGGUGGCUCAGCAAUGUCAGAAGUGGAGAUCAACUGAUGUCAACUACCAUUCGUAGCAGAUUAGCUUUGUAUCAAGAAUUGGAUGCAUCUUAAUGGGAAUAAAAACAGGUGCUUCAUUUGUUAAAGUCGUUUGUAGCUGCUACUUAACUUCAUUAACUUUUUUGUGGUUGGUAACUCUUUUGAUUAAUAAUAUUUCAUUCGGUAACAAAUUUCUACCAACACAAAUAAUAAUA